UCGAAAGGAUUUGUUGAAAUAGUGCACUCUCGGGAUUUAAUCGGAUUUUAGUUAAACAAGUUCUGAAUUUAAGGAACCUGUGAAGGUUUUAUUUUAGUGUUUUGUGAUACUGCAAAAUGAAAUCCUUAUUGAUGGAUAGCAUUAGGGACCGGUUAGGUUCGUGUGGAACGGCUACAAUAAAAUAUCUACUGUUUGUCUUUAAUUUGAUAUUUGCGGUAUCCGGAUUGAUUUUGUUGAUCGCUGGAAUACUGGUGCUUCUUGAUGUGAACGAUUAUCAACAUUUCGUCGAGGACAAACUCAUUGCUCCACCGGUUGUACUGAUCGUAGUUGGAACUUUAGUUUUCUUGGUUGCAUCCCUCGGCUGCUAUGGUGCCAUAAAAGAAUCUCCGAAACUUUUGAAUGCAUUCGCAGUAUUUCUAUUAAUUGUUCUGAUUAUCGAAGUAGCAGUUGCAAUAGCCGCUAUAGCAUUCAAAGCCGAUCUUCAAAACGCUCUUGAAACACAACUAGAAAAGUCAAUUACCAGACAUAACAGUGCCGACAUGGGAGCAUGGAAUAGUGUUCAUAAGAAAAUGAUGUGUUGCGGCAUCCAGGGACCAAAGGAUUGGUAUGAUAACAAUAACCGGACCAUGCCGGCCAGUUGCUGCAAACCAGAUUUAAUUGACACUGAAACAAACGAUUGCAAGAAUGCUCUACCGCUGUUUAUGGAUCGUUAUUAUCAGGAAGGAUGUUUGAUGAAACUAAAGGAACAUUUUGAUAAAAAUGCAGUUGUGCUCAUUGCCGUAGGUUUCGCCAUCGCCGCCUUUCAGCUACUUGGUAUAUUAUUUGCCUGCUGGUUAUCUUCAGUGAUUAAGCGUGACAGACACUAAAGACAUUGGUAUAUUUAACAUUUGAUGUUGUACAAAUGGAAAGAAUCGAUACUGUAUCCCUUAACUCUUUCCAAAUAGUAAGCAAAACCCGGAAACUGUUUUGGGUAUACGGGAUUAGUUACCAUCUUGUUAUCUUCGUAGCUAUCGGAAUCGUUUGUUUAUAUUUUCAUUUGAUCAGUGUAUUUUUCAGUAAUAUCACUUAUUCACAAUAUCUCUCGAAAGUCAGGUAACUAUCGGCUUUGUAUGAAUCAUAUAUACAAGCAGACUAAUAUAUAAAAAAUGAAAUUUCUGAAACAGACCAAAGAAAAAUCCUCAAGUUUAUGGUAGAAUGAAAAAUACAAUAUUUACAGUUUUUAAUAAAAAAAUGAUCUCUAGAAUAUUACGUCGAUUUUGAGGCAUUUUUGGGUUAAGGUUUUAUUUUUCAUUUUAUUUUUAGCUGAUAGUUUAGAACUAGCAAAGAACAGUUUGGACAUUACUUUCCUUUGUAAAAUUUGGUCUUUCUGCAUCAACAGGCUUCGCGGUGCUACGAUCCUACUGACACUAAAAUUCUUUCUGAUUGGGGCUCGAACAUAUGAUAGCUGUCUUGUAAGACCAGCUUCCUAUGCAUUGGACCGCCAACCCGGGUGAUAGAUAUACUUUAAAGACCAACCAGGGCGAUAAGGAUAAUUUUAAAAAUAUAUUCUCAAAACUAUUUAUUUUAUGUUUGUCAUUUUUUAUCUAUCAAUUCGUUUUAUAUAUUUGUAUUUAUACGAAUUCAUGCUUAUUUCCACAAUUUAUGUAGCGUAUCUAAACAAAUAGUUACCGAUUCGUAGCGUAAUUCGGAUGAAAUUAUCAACUAUAAAAAUAAUGAAUAUUUUGAUUAGUUACUAAACUAAACUGAAAUUCAUUAACAAAGUAAAAUGUGUGACAUGACGUAGUCGAUGAUAAUCCUCAGUAUGGAAUCGUUGAUUCAGCUCGCGUUUAUGCUAGCUUCCUUAAUGACAUAAGUACAGCUAAUAUAAAACAGUGUUCCUCUUAAAUAGGUUAUGAAAUAAAUAUAAACAAUAGAUUGAAUAAGAUA